AUGGUGUACACAGGAUUUGGUCUAGAACAGUUAAGUCCACCUCAAAAAACACCUUACAAUGAGCUAACUCCAGAAGAGCAGGGAGAGCGGGGCGCAGAAAUGAUCAUGAACUUCAUGACUUCUUGUCCUGGGAAAUCAGUAGUGAGUGGUGUAACAGGGUUUGCACUGGGGGGUGUUUUAGGUCUUUUUAUGGCGUCAAUGGCUUAUGAUACACCACUGCAUACGCCCACACCUGCUAAUACAGCAGCAACAACAGCAGCAGCAACAACAACAACAACAGCAGCAGCAGCAGCAGCAACAGCGGGAAAUGCGGGCGUGGGAGGGAUAUCAAGAACAGUUCAACAAAUAUCCGAUUUACCGUUUCGGCAGCAAAUGAAACUUCAGUUUACUGAUAUGGGUAAAAAAUCGUACUCUAGCGCUAAGAAUUUCGGUUACAUUGGCAUGAUAUAUGCCGGUGUAGAAUGUGUCAUAGAGUCACUUAGAGCCAAAAAUGAUAUUUAUAACGGAGUAACAGCAGGGUUUUUUACCGGUGCUGGGUUGGCUUACAAGGCCGGACCACAAGCUGCAUUAAUGGGUGGUGCCGGUUUUGCCGCCUUUUCAGCUGCAAUUGAUUUGUACAUGAAAAGCGAAGAUGGUAGACCACCUCGUAAUGAUUUUAAAGAAUGA